GUUUUCCGAUUGUCAGCAUGGCUGUGCAUGGAUUUCCAUCGUUUCUGUCGAUUUAUGAUUAGCAAGGACCAAUUUCUACACUUGUCUUUAUUUGAAGUCAAAUUAAAGAACAAUGGCCAAUGCAGUUGGGGAAGAGAGUGGACCGGAAAAGAACUUUACUGUUCCUCCAGAGGCCACGUUUGAUAGUAUUGUGGUGGACUUUAGUUUUCACACAGAAAAAGACAUUCUUGCUGCUGGUCUAAUUGAGGGUGAUAUAGCUGUACGCUCGUUUUCGAGGAGCAAGGAAGGCAAUAACCAGUUGAUGACGUUCACACACCACAAGAAAGCCUGUAGAUGUGUCAAGUUUUCUCGUGAUAGCAGUCAGCUUUUCACCACAGCGAAGGACAAAUCUAUAUGCAGUGUUGAUAUGGAAACUGGCACUGUAACACAUAGACAAAAAAAUGCACACAAUGCUCCUGUGUACAGCAUGGCUGUUAUAGAUGACUACUUACUGGCUACAGGUGAUGAUGAUGGAAAUCUCAAGGUGUGGGACUACCGGCGGUGGACACCAAUAGUAGAGUGGAAAGAAUCAGAGGAGUUCAUUAGCGAUAUGGCCAUUGAUAGCAAUAAAAGAACUUUGGUUGCCACAAGUGGUGAAGGCACCUUGACGGCAUACAGCGUAAGAAGCAAGAAGAUGAUUUUACAGUCAGAGUUAAUGGACUCUGAGUUUCUCUCUGUAGCAAUAGUUGAUAAAGGAAAGAAAGUUGUGUGUGGGAAUGGGGAAGGUGUACUGAACUUCUUUAAUUGGGGAGAGUGGGGAAACAUCUCUGAUAGAUUUCCUGGACAUCCAGACUCAAUAGACACAAUAUGUCCCAUCACAGACAACAUAAUCUGUACAGGUUCUAUGGAUGGCAAAGUAAGGGGAGUGCAUGUAAUGCCCAACAGAAUGCUGGGUGUAGUUGGUGAGCAUGAAGAUUUUCCUAUAGACCACAUACGGUUGUCCAGAGAUGGCUCAAUGAUUGCCAGCUGUGGACACGACGAAAAAAUAAAGUUCUGGGACACGGAGCACAUUAGGAGCGAGACCGUUGACCACACAAAAAAGGCAAGGAAAGGGCAGAAGUUGAAAAACCUUCAAGGUGCAGGUAGCGACUUCUUUGCAGGAUUAAUGGACGACAAAGCUGACGACGAGUAACAUUCAUAUUGUUUCUGGCGUCUCUCGAUUCUGUUCAGUCCAAUUUUGUACAUAUGCAGUUAUGCAAUGACAAUAAUACCACUGUAACCAUUGUAUGUCAAUAACGUCAUUGUAAAAUGCUACAAUAUACGAUAUAAAAUAUUUUAUUACGAUUUUAAAUAAUGUUUUGAUUCUGAGCUAUAUUGCUGCACGAAUGAAUUUCCCCAAUAUUAUGUAUUUCAUAUAUUAAAUUUCUUUCUAAAAGCAUUA